UUUCUUCCCUGUUUGAAAAAGGAAGCGCUCGGUUCGUGAUAGCGCUUACCCGAUGCGCUCACUCGAUUUGUGUGUCUGUCCGUCUUAAUCGUGUCCUAAUGUUUCCUCAAAAGUGAUUUGUAUCUCUGUGUGGUAUUGUGUGUAGUUUUGCGUAUAUAGCUGGAUGAUAUAAGUUUAUCCAUUAACAUAGCGUAUCACGAAGACGCGUACUGAACCCAAGCGUCGCAUCAUACCGCAUGCACUCGCGCACAAACUAACGCUUUUUCGUCAUUGUUUAAUUAAACUUGGAUCGGAUUUUACCGAAUGAAUGAACACGGCAUGUACAGCUUCAUUGCCGGCCUAUGAUAUGAUUUAAUCCAUACGCCAAAUAUCCCAAGAACGAAAGUGCGUAAAAAGUUGCUUUUGGGCACACACACAUACAUACAUAACAAAGCCUUUCCUGCGCUUCUGAUCGAAGCAGCCUUAGACGCGCACACUCGCAUCACUUAUCAACCAUUUAGCCGCUGCUAAAAGGCAAGGAAGCAAAAACUUUGUGAAUAAUCAAGGAGAAAGGGAUACGAACUUUUGUAACAAAUGGCGACGUUCCGUGUUCAUGAAGAUAUGGAAAAGGAGAACCGGGUUCAUGCCCUGCCCGGUGGCAAGAAAAAUGCAGUCCUCGGUGCGACUAAUGUCGUCCCGGCAGCAUUGGGGAAAAAUGUGCUUUUACCGUCCAUGGGCAAUCAGCAACAGCAACAACGCACUAUGUUUAGCGUACUGGACAAUGUACAAAAUAACGCUGGAAAGAAUGUGGAAAAGACGGGGAAGGAUGCUAAGCUUAAAAAUCAACGUGUCGGCCCAACAUCAAAGGCUGGAAAGGUAGGCGACGAAAAUGCUGUCGAAGCGAAGCAUAAUUUACAAACAAAGGUCCAAAAAAAGCCGUCCGUAUCAACUGAAGCAUUUAAAGGGUUUGAGAUAUACGACGAAACUAAGGAAAAUUUACCGGAAGUUUGUAUUCCUAAGAAGGUUGAUACGAUCCACGAAAAACGAGCUCCUUUGCAGGAGUUGAAAAAUGCGGAACUACUCGAAACUCCCAUGUCGGUGGUGGAAAGCUAUUCGCCCAUGUCUGUGGACAAAUCGGCUAGCCUGAUCGUCGUUGAUCAAGGACCCAUCCCAAGGAACGAUCGUGAGCGUUUCUUCGAGGUCGAAGAAUAUCAGGAAGACAUUCUAGUUUACCUGAAAGAGGCAGAAAAGCGAAACCGUCCCAAGCCGGGCUACAUGUUGAAACAGACGGACAUAACCUACUCCAUGCGUACGAUUCUGGUCGACUGGCUGGUGGAAGUUUCGGACGAAUACAAACUGCAAGGAGAAACGCUUGCCCUGGCUGUCUCUUACAUUGAUCGAUUUCUUAGCUUCAUGUCGGUAGUGCGUGCCAAGCUGCAGCUGGUCGGUACAGCUGCUAUGUUUAUCGCAGCUAAAUACGAGGAGAUCUACCCGCCGGAUGUUAGCGAGUUCGUUUACAUCACAGACGACACUUACACCAAGACCCAAGUGUUGCGCAUGGAGCAACUGAUGCUGAAGGUGCUAUCGUUCGACUUGACCGUGCCAACAUCAUUGGUGUUUAUUAACAGCUACUGCGUAAUGAAUGACGUACCGGAUAAGGUCAAAUACUUAGCAAUGUAUCUUUGUGAACUGUCGCUGCUGGAAGCGGACCCAUAUCUGACAUAUAAACCGUCUAAAAUUGCUGCUGCAGCGUUGGCAUUGGCAAGACGCGCACUCGAUCUUCCGAUGUGGUCGAAGAUGCUAGAGAACAACACGGGAUACACGCUGCAGGAAAUGAAAGAUAUUAUAAUGGACCUAAAUAAAACCCAUAUCGAUGCAGCGACGAUGCAACCGCAAGCUAUUCAGGAAAAGUACAAAUCCAAAACGUAUCAUGAAGUCGCAACCAUACCCGCUACUGAACUGCCUAAAAAUACGCUUGACAACAUGUGUGAGAUCACCGUAUGUAACGCUUCUGCUUCAGCUUUGCUGUUUGUUUAACCCACAUCAGUAUACAGUAGCGGGAUUUUUUUGUUUCAUUAGUAAUAAUGUUUCUUUUUUAUGUAUUUAUAUUUUUGCUGUAUGUUCAGGAAAUAUUUCAUGCCCUAUAGCGCACCGUU